AUGAGCGUGUCGGUGCGGGCCGUGCUGGUGGAGGGCCCCGCCUCGGGCCCGCGCCUCAAGGGCCCGUACACGUAUGCUAGUACGCCCCGCGCGCUUUACAACAAUGCCAAGCUUCGGAGAGAUCCCUCAUGGCCACCACCGCCGGCCACCGUCGCCGCGCGCCGGCCACUCGCCCGCCCGCCGCCGCCUCCACCACUCGCGCCCCGCGACACUGACUCACCACCCGCUUCAACAAAUCUUACAUAUCGCAAGUGUUCG